UUGCUGCAGCUUUUAAGGGAAUCUUGGGAUUUCUCAAAAACUACGAUCCUAUUUGCCUUCAGGGUGAACCUGGUACUUGCUAUAUAUCGUAUAUUCUGUCGGAAUUUCGAGAACUCCAUGGCUAUGAUUACAUUAACAUCAAAUUACAAAACGAACCUGCCACGAACAUUGCCCUUCGAGGAAAACUAUUUACGGAAACUUUCAUCUUCAAGCCCCAACAUCACCACCAACCAAGAUGAACAUUAUCAUCCAGGGCUCAAGAAAGAAGAAGAUAGAGAAAUUGGAGUAUUCGGAGCUGAAAAAUACUUCAAUGGAGGAAUACAUGCGGAAAGUCCAAGAAUAACCAAAAUAGAUACAAUUACGAAGACGUUGGAAUGUGUUAAAGAUGAAGGAAUCAUCAACAUAGAGCCGAUAAAGCCUGUAACUCAUCAGGGAACUCUGAGUGUUCGAUCCGAGUCGAGCUGGAACAGUCAAAGUGCAUUACUCCAAGGUGUUAUGAGAAAUCCUCCUGGGAAAAAACUUAGUAAAUUGAAUGGAAAGGGUUUUCUUUCGGGUCUUGCUGGCUGCAAAUGUUACUGCUCUGGUCGGAAGUCUAUUGAUAUUGAUGAAGUACAAGUUGGUGAAAUAAGUUUUAAGAGCCAUGGCAAGCAAACUAAAACGGCUACCAUUAUGGCCAGUCUAGAGGUCAAUAAACCAGUACCAGAGCCCUGGAUGAAGGAGGAGAUUUUUACUUUCCCUGCUACGAAUUCCGGUAUGGGGAUUCGACCUGUCAAGGUAUCGUUCCAAGGUGAUGUAGAUGAAAUCGGAAGGAAAUCGCUAGAGGUUUUCGGCUCCCCUGUACUUGGAAGGAGAAACAAGUCUAUGAACAUUGAGAGGAGGCUAAAAAUGUUGUCCUGUGAUUCCACUCCAAAAGUUGAAGGGAAUGAAAAUCCUAAAGGUGACUACAAUGAUGCACAGAGUGAUGCAAGUUCGGACUUGUUUGAGAUAGAGAGCCUAACAGGCAAAGCCAAUCCCUUUUUUGUGAAACAAGCUUCCGAUGUAGCGUCCGGGUGUGCCACCCCGACAACUUGUUAUGCACCGAGCGAGGCCAGUAUAGAGUGGAGUGUGGUCACGGCCAGUGCAGUAGAUUUCUCGGUCAUGUCCGACUACGAAGAGCUAAGGCCAUCGAGAACUCUACCGAGCCCACUGAACACAUUUCUGACAACCACCAGACACGAAAGCACCAAAACUGACAAGGAGUUCCGGAGGCACCUUUUUAGUGGUCUAUUGGGGUGUAACAGCCAGAAAGCCGUCGAUGUAGCCGGAGAUGCCCACAAAACAAACGAGAAGGCAGCAGGCUUCAACCCAAGUAUGAUCCGUGUGUCGGAUUCCUACAUACCUGCAACAAGGUUUCAAGACGGGGCUAAACUCGCCGGUGCUUUUCAACAUAAUCAAAGGCCAAGAGCUUCACAUCUCUUGCACAUUCAGUAACUUGUAAUAUAUCAGUUUACUUAGUACAAAAGUUGUGAUGAGUUUUUUUUUUACUAUUACACCAUGUUUCUUUAGUAGUCAUUGUAGUAUUAAAUUAUUACA